AUGGCUAACAAAGCAGGCCCCAAUGAACGCCGAACCAUCAGCCGCGAGGAUCUCGGCUUCUACAACGCCCUCGUCAUCGCAGGGGUCUACGAGGUGACGCACAAAGACCUUGGCGUCGAAGACGUCCGGUCAUUCAUCCAACCCUUGGAACACUGCAUCCAGGAACAUGCAUUUCUGAGCGUCGUUGUCAAAAACAAAAAUACCGAGAAGCCGUUCUUUGAGAGAGUUUCAAGUCUAAACCUCAGCAACCACAUUGCAAUUAUUCACGAUAAAGAUAUCACCAUCGAAACAGAGAAUGAAUCCAUUGAACAAUUUCUUCAGCCAAUUCUCGACCGCCCCUGGCCAGCCGACAUCCCGCCCUGGCGCAUCAUGGUCCUUCCUCUCCCGUCGCAAGACGAGCACGCAAAACGCGUCUUUAUAGCGUUUUCUUUCUCACAUACUCUGGGCGACGGGAUGGUUGGACAUACCUUUCACCGCACCUUUCUCAACUCCUGGCAGCGCGCGCCUCCUGCGAACGAAAUUGGAAAUGCCUGUUUGAUAGUCCCUUCAUCUGAACUGGAACUCCCCUUACCCUUUGACACUCCCAAACGGCUCCCAAUCUCAUGGACCUACCUCCUUAGCCCGUUGUUAGCAGUCUACCUGCCCAAGUGGAUCUGCGGGCUCCUCGGUCUCCGUGCCGCCGUGACCACCGUCAACGCAGGGACCGGGGUCCGACUCCUGGAAAUCGAUGCCCCAACCCUUCAAAAUGCACUGACGGUAUCGCGAGCACAUGGGACGAAACUGACGGGACUACUACAUCAGAUGAUCAUCCGCGCACUGAGCAAGGCCCUUCCGGACGCGAACAUCACGAACUUUGUCUCCGGGACAGCGGUUGAUAUGCGCAGCUCGAUUGGUCUUCCGGGGUCAUCUUGGGGCCUGUAUGUUACCGGGCACUACGAGGUCCAUCCCCGACAUCAUCCAUCCGCCCCAGGGAAAGAGUCUGCAUCUGGGCCCGCGUUUUCGGACGGAACCUGGGCAUCGGCCGCUGCGAUAACGGGGAGCCUUGCAUCAUGUGCGACGCGCCUGCAUGACCAAGCGAUUGGACUUCUGCGGUACGUGCCGAGCAUUAGGGCCUGGACGGCCGGGAAGAUCGGGCAGCAGCGAGACUGUUCGUACGAGGUGAGCAAUUUGCUUGCGUUUGAUGGUGGUCUUGUGGCUGGGGUAGAUGCGAAAUGUAAGAUCACGAAGAUGGUUUUUGCGACGCCCGCGAAUGUGGUUAGUGGGCCGUUGGUAUUUAAUGUUGUUAGUGUGACGGGAGGGAGUUUGGUUAUUGCUGUGAAUUGGCAGAUUGGAGCUUUAGGCUUGCCGGUUGAGAAGGAGAGAGCGUUUGUUGAUGAAGUUUGUGAGUUUAUCAAGGCAGAUUUUGGAAGGUUGAGAAUGGAGGUAAUAUGA